AGCCUGAUGCGGGGUUUGAUCCCAGGACCCUGGGAUCAUGACCUGAGCCGAAGGCAGACACUUAACUGAUUGAGCCACCCAGGCACCCCUCUCCCCUUUUUUGGAUGCAAACUUUUAAGAUCUAUGUUUGCCAACUUUCAAAUACGCAAUACAGUAUUAUUAGCUACAGUCACUCUGCCGUACAUCUCUGUGAUCUAUUUAUUUUAUAACUGCCAGUUUGUACUCUGACCCCCGCAUUGCCACAGCUGCCCCCCUCCAGCAGGUACCGCCUGGCCUUUCUUAUCUGCUGUUGCGAAUUUGUCGUUCACGUCUCAGCUCAAGAGCCAGCCCCUCAGACAAGUCUUCCCUGUUGCGCCCUCGAAGUAGCAUUCUCUCAAACUCCAUCAUGUUACUGUUUCGUCAGGGUUUUAGUGUCUAUGUGGCAUUUGAUGUUACCUGAAAUUACCUUUUUUAUGUAAACUUUGUGAGAAGAAGAAUCUUGUCUCUCUGGUUCCUUGUAUCCUCUGCGCCUAGACUAGAGCUUGGUGAGUGACCAGAGCUCCAGAGUGGGUGAUGAACAAACGCAUGAAUAAAAACGCAUUCUGUCACAUACAGUGUCUGGCACGUAAAGUGUCCGGUGCACAUAAUGGUGGAGUGUUAAAUGGCAACGUGCUGAUACGACAGGCCAGUCACUGCACUUUUGGGGAUGCCCAGGAAUUCUUCACGGACGACCUGUGGAGAACACUCCCUCGCUCAUGGCAGGAAGCACUGGACGGACUGAACCCGCCAGAGCUGGCCACACAGCUGCUGGGGAUGCCCGGGGAAGGGGAAGUGGUCAGGUACAGGUCGGUGUGGCCACUCUCUCUGCUGGCCCUGAAGUCCACAGCCUGUGCCCUGGCCUUUACCCGGACACCUGGGUUUCAAACCCCUUCCGAGUUCCUGGAGAACCCCAGCCAGAGCUCCCGCCUGACAGCUCCAUUCCGGAAACACGUGAGGCCCAAGAAGCAGCACGAGAUCCGGAGGCUGGGAGAGUUGGUGAAGAAGCUGAGUGACCUCACAGGCUGCACCCAGGUUGUGGAUAUAGGUUCAGGCCAGGGACAUCUCUCCCGAUUCAUGUCCCUGGGGCUGGGGCUGAUGGUGAAGAGCAUUGAAGGGGAUCAGAGACUGGUGGAGAGAGCCCAGCGCCUGGAUCAGGAGCUCCUGCAGGCUCUGGAGAAAGAGGAGAAGAGGCACCCACAGGCGGUCCACGCGGGCCCUCGCCACUCGCCACACCACGUGGUUAGGUGGGUGGAGCCCACGGCCCUGUGCGAGGAGCUGCUGCUUCCCCUGGAGACCCUGCCCCAGAGUGGGGCCCGCUUGCUGCUGACAGGGCUCCAUGCGUGCGGGGACCUGAGCGUCGCCCUGCUGAGGCACUUCUCCUGCCCCGAGGUGGUGGCACUGGCCUCGGUGGGCUGCUGCUACAUGAAGUUGAGUGACCCCGGCGGCUACCCGCUGAGUCAGUGGGUGGCCGGGCUGCCGGGCUGCGAGCUGCCCUACCGGCUUCGGGAGGGAGCCUGCCACGCCCUGGAGGAGUACGCCAAGCGGCUACAGAAAGCGGGCCCUGGCCUCCGCACCCACUGCUACCGUGCAGCACUGGAGACCGUCAUCCGGGGGGCCCGGCCUGAGCUUCGGCGGCCCGGCGUGCAGGGGAUCCCCAGGGUCCACGAGCUCAAGAUUGAAGAAUACGUGCAGCGGGGGCUCCAGCAGGUGGGGCUGGACCCCCAGCUGCCGCUGAAUCUGGCUGCCCUUCGGGCCCACCAGGCCCAGGAGAACCGAGUGGUGGCCUUCUUCAGCCUGGCCCUGCUUCUUGCCCCACUAGUGGAGACGCUGAUUCUGUUGGACCGGCUGCUCCACCUUCAGGAGCAGGGCUUCCAUGCUGAACUCCUGCCCAUCUUUAGUCCUGAGCUCUCUCCCAGAAACCUGGUUCUGGUGGCUACGAAGAGGCCCCUGGGUGAAGCCUUCUCUCUUCUAGAGACUGAACACAGCUGACAAACCCCAUCUGAGACCACCCAGGCAUCACACUCACCCAGAGAACCACCAAUCUCUAUCCCUGGAACCCUGAUUUCUCCAUGUGUUAAUGUGAUAUGAUGUAAAAAUUUAUUUUUAAUUUAUUAAAUAAGUGAAAUCUUCA